GAAAGUUUAAGGGUUCCUAUGCUGAAUAAUUAAAUUUGUAUUUGUGAUAUGAAAUAGGGAUUUAGAGAAUCGCAGAAAAACCUAAAAUUGUGCUGACAGCUCCACUGACCGGAGGUGACGUCACGAUACCGAUUCGGUCCAGGAGGCACGUGGCACUACUUCCGCCAAACCACAAUGUGUGCCCUUCACCAUCAAGCGAACGCGUCAGAAUUGGACAAGCGGUGUCCAUGGAAACCAUUUUUGACAAGACCAUGGAAUUCAAGCAGAAAUUGGGAAUCGAAAUAAAUCAGUUUAAAAGAGAGCAUAUAAGUUGUGGAGCAACAAUAACAUAUCUAGAUUCGCUAACAUUGGAACACUUUGUCAACAUACAACAACCAUCCUUGAAUGCUGAGAACUUAAUUUUUGGAGAGUACAUGCGCCUGUCUGUAGUGGAAUACCUCACAACAAUCCUGACAUCCACGCAAGCCCAGGAAUGUUGCGUUGCUGUCCCUGACGUACAUCACCAUCUGAGGCACAGAGUCCUCAGCAAGUGGCGACAGCAUGUGAGUGGGGAGGAUAUAGCGGUCUUGGAGAGGUCGUGUAUGAUUCGUGCGGACAUUGUGGUCAAUUUGGGGAGGGACUGUAGUGAUAUGAGGAAUCUUGUGUACGUUUUGCUCCGUCACGUUGAGAGGGAAAUCGAUGGAUCGAUUCUUACUCUGGACUUUCUGAGGGGAUAAGGUGUGGGCUCACAAAGCGUUCCGGACUUAUUUGUUACUAAAUAAAGCUAUUCAUUUACAUUUGAAGAAAUCGAUUUUGAUUAGAUUGGUAAUUCUUUUUUUAGUUUCAAAGAUUACCUGACUUACCUGUGAGGUAGCUAAACAGUAAAAUCAAUUUUACUGUAUUUUAUCGAA